GGCCGGGCCGGGGCGGGGCGGGUGGCGGGGACGGCCGGGCGCGAGCUCCGCGGGACACCCGAUCGCGCGGCCACCGAGUCGCGGAGGCGCCGCCGCUGCAGUCGCUGCAUCUCCGAGCGACAUGGCCGACAGCAAGGCCAAACCCGCCAAAGCGGCCAACAGGACACCCCCUAAGUCCCCGGGGGACCCUGCCAAGGACAAGGCAGCCAAGCGGCUGUCACUGGAGUCCGAAGGUGCCAGUGAGGGGGCGGCUGCCACGGCCCCUGCGCUCAGUGCCCUGGAGGAGGCCUUCCGGCGCUUUGCAGUGCAUGGGGACACGCGGGCCACAGGGAAGGAGAUGCACGGCAAGAACUGGUCGAAGCUGUGCAAGGACUGCCAGGUGAUCGACGGGAAGAACGUGACUGUCACCGACGCGGACAUCGUCUUCAGCAAGAUCAAGGGGAAGUCCUGCCGGACCAUCACCUUCGAGCAGUUCCAGGAGGCGCUGGAGGAGCUCGCCAAGAAGCGGUUCAAAGACAGGAGCGCCGAGGAGGCCGUCCGCGAGGUGCACCGGCUGGUCGAGGGCAAGGCCCCGGUCAUCUCAGGGGUCACGAAGGCCAUCUCAUCGCCCACCGUGUCGCGGCUCACCGACACGACCAAGUUCACGGGCUCCCACAAGGAGCGCUUCGACUCCUCGGGCAAGGGCAAGGGCAAGGCCGGCCGUGUGGACCUGGUGGACGAGUCGGGCUACGUGCCUGGCUACAAGCACGCAGGCACCUACGACCAGAAGGUGCAUGGGGGCAAGUAGCUCCGCGGACCUGUGCCCCGCGACCCUGCAGGUGUCCGGGGAGCAGGAACUGUAUCGUGUCACUUCAUUACAUUCCUGUGGACAUUCCUGUGCUCACUUGGGCAGAACUCAGAGGGGCGACUUGCUGGGGGCUGGAGCAGCUGUAGGGGCCACACCCAGGCCUCCCUCCUGCUGGGCACCCGACACCCGCCUCGCAGACCCCAGGUUUGGGCCCUGACCCUCCCUAUCCCGCCUGCCUCGGCCUAAGCUGGAGACUGGACGGCCGCUUCCAAAGUGUCUCUUGGGAUUGCACCACACUGGCUACCUGGUUUGCAGGUGAAAGGGGUGUUUUAAAGGAGCAGGUAAUCGUGGGGACUCUGGGAAACAGACCUGUAGGAGGCCACGCCGACCUCUUGACUGGCAGACACUUUCCAGGGGCCUUGAGGGCGACAGGAGCUAAGGAACUAACCAACAGCACAAAUAAAACCAGGUGAGCUCCAGGCAGACUCUUGUCUGCGGGCCCUGAGGCCUGUCCUGCCGCAGACCCCACAGGGUCCUCCGGGCCUUCCUUGGAGGCCAGAUGUGGGGAGGCAGGUCCCACAGCACACGCAUAUGCUUGCACACACUCAUGCACACGUGCUCCUGCACACACACACUUGCACACACCGUCAAGGUGACAGGAAGGCUGAGGGGCACAACGGCCAGCUUCCCGGCUGACCAGAGUGACCUGGAGCAUGAAGUUAGCCGUCCUUGGGCUGGUUUCCUGAGAUGGUGACUGCACGUCUGUUCUCAGAGUGGGUCCAAGAAGAUCCAGGAUGUCCUGUCCCCACGUUGCCAGGCAGGAGCCUCACCGGCACGUGACAGGCAUCUCUGCCUGGCCUCCCACUUAUCCAUCCAUGCUGCCCACUGUUUUGCUCCCAAACCUGUCAGCCACAGCCUGUGCAGUUUCAGCUCUCUCCAAAUGGCUCUCCUGACCUCUCCCAACCCUUUGCAGCACAGGACGCCAAACGGGCCUGCAGCAUUUGCCAGGGCUUUGUCCUCCACCACCACAGAGUGCACAGGCGUCAGUGGGCACAGCCUGCCCAGGACCCCCACAUGUCUACACUGCGAGCACGCAGCACAAGAGCCCUGCGCUGCUGCUCUGUCCCGGGGAUGCUGAUCAGUGUGGCCCCCUGCUGUCACAUUAGCCCCCACAGUCAUCUGUCCCUUGGCAUGAACAGCCAUCGCCUUGAGUGUAACCUGCUGGGCCAUGUGGUUCUGGAGCUGGUCCUGGAAACAGCCCGCGGCAGCCUCGGGGAAAUGCUCCCAGGAGCCCGUUUGCCCUUGGCUCCAUCCAGCUCUGCCCAGGGCCGAUGGCCAUCCAGGGCUGGGCUUAUGGCACAGGUAGACAGCAGGCCCCUCCCUCACUGCCACAGCACACAGACACGCCACCCACCUCCCCUGAGCCCCGAGAGCACCUGGUCACCCACCCGUGUGGGCCCGAGCCUCAGGGCUCCCUGCUGAACGGUCCCCUGAGGGUCCGGGUCUUCGCAGCCCCCUCAAAAGGGAGGCCUCAACUCAAGGAUGGGGUGGCCCAGUGGGCACCUUCCUUCUGAGGUUCUGAAGCUCACAGUGCCUGGUGCUGAAGACCAAGGAACAGUGGCUUUCAGGCCGCAAGACUCCCUUGUAGGGCCCGGCCCAGCCCCAUCUCCAGACUAUGCCCAGCUGGCCCUUGCGUGAAACCUGUAGGCAAACGUACAUAAGAUGUGGGAAAUGUCUGAAAACAACUCUGAGCAUGCAAAGUGUUUAAUAAUCUGAUCACAACCCAAAAAGCCCUCGUGUUCAAGAUGCUGAUGACUUUCAUUACGGUCGAUGAACAGGCUCCUGCCCAGGUCGAGCAGCUCAGGACCUGGAAGGACCCUGGCACCCCACACCUUCUCAGGCGCCUGUCCCCUCCAGACCCCCUGGUCAGAAUGCGGCACCACCGUGGGCUGUCUGUCCCUUGAUCUGAGGCUGCUUUUCUCUUGUUCUUCUGCCCGUGAACAACCCCGUCUCCACAAUCAUGGCCAAGUCACAUGGAACAGACACGAUGCCAGCAGGACCCCGGCCCCAGAGCUGAGCACGCCCAGCCAAGGCAGAGGGACAGGCCAGAGUGGCGUCUGGGGGUGCUCAGGCUGCACAGUAGGAACCAACACUCUCCUGGACCCACACUGGUCUGUGGGGACACAAUACACUGAAGGCACAGGUGCCAGAGCACCAGGACGCUGUCUCCUGUUCAGCAGGUCGUCCUCGGGCUAGAAUGGCCCCUAAAUGAAGGUCCAAACCAAGUCAGGGCUGGCCUGCCUCACAGCAUACUAGGAAAUUUGAUCCAAGGAAAAGAAACAACACAAGUGCCCACCUUCAUGGGACUACGGACCACCCAGCCUCACAGACAGGAGGCCUCUGCCACGGACAGGUCACCCCAUCCACGCAGUUGGCAUCUUACUCGCCACAGCGCCCUCCCCAGAAUGGGACAGAGCAGCCCAGAGCGGUGAGGUCCACGGGUCCCGCCUGCGGAGUGCCAGCACCACCCACCUCAGGCCCCGGAGGGGAGCUCCAUGACGAGAAAUGCUCCUUGCACUUCUGAUGAAAAUUUUAGAAUGCAUUCCUGAUUGCUGCAGCAAAUCUUUGGGUUUUGUGAAUGAAAACCGAGUGCACAUUCUCUCUGCCUUGGUGGCCUUCCCUGUCACAGCCUGGAGGGCCCCUGGGCUCCAGAGGGAGAGACCUCACGCCCCAGACUCUCCCUCAACACGCUCUCGGCUGUCGCCUGGCACACAGCACCAAGAGGCCAAUUAGGCGUCUCCAGUGCGUCCCCUGCCCGUCCCCCACGGGUCCCAAGGUUUUCUCAGACACUCGUGAGCCAGGACAGCAUCCUCCAGUCGGGUUCCAAGUGUAGAUCUGCAAACACACUCUCCCCUCCCAUCUACACCACCUAGCAAGGAAGGGGGAGUAAAACUCAAGUCAUGAGGACAUACUAGUCACCAUUCUGUCAGUUUAAAACUGUCUGUUGAAUUUGUCAUUGCAUCUGUGUGUAGCCUUUGAACACAGAACAUCUGCCUGGACCCUAAAUUCACUGGACAAAACAGACACAUGCAUUUUCCUCAGUCAGUUUCUGAAUAUUGUGACUACACGGGCAGGGUGUUUGUCUUUUUUGCAUGUUUUUAUGCAAUGCCAAUUAGCUUCUACUAACCAUGGUUAAAUAGAAAUUCAAUGUCUAUCUGUGAAUACAAGAAACUGCACAGCAUGCAACCCAGAACAGAGGGACAGGUUCUGUCAGGGCUGACACCCAGGUGACAGGGACACCCAGGAGACAGGGAUGGGUUCUGUCAGGGGUGACACCCAGGAGACAGGAACACCCAGGAGACAGGGGCAGGUUCUGUCAGGAGAGGACAUUAGGAGACAGGGGCAGGUUCUGUCAGGGAUGACACCCAGGAGACAGGGGCAGGUUCUGUCAGGGGAGGACAUUAGGAGACAGGGGACAGGUUCUGUCAGGGGUGACACCCAGGAGACAGGGGCAGGUUCUGUCGGGGGAGGACAUUAGGAGACAGGGGACAGGUUCUGUCAGGGGUGACACCCAGGAGACAGGGGCAGGUUCUGUCAGGGGAGGACAUUAGGAGACAGGGGACAGGUUCUGUCAGGGGUGACACCCAGGAGACAGGGGCAGGUUCUGUCAGGGGUGACACCCAGGAGACAGGGGCAGGUUCUGUCAGGGGAGGACAUUAGGAGACAGGGGCAGGUUCUGUCAGGGAUGACACCCAGGAGACAGGGACAGGUUCUGUCAGGGGAGGACAUUAGGAGACAGGGGACAGGUUCUGUCAGGGGUGACACCCAGGAGACAGGGGCAGGUUCUGUCAGGGGAGGACAUUAGGAGACAGGGGACAGGUUCUGUCAGGGGUGACACCCAGGAGACAGGGGCAGGUUCUGUCAGGGGAGGACAUUAGGAGACAGGGGACAGGUUCUGUCAGGGGUGACACCCAGGAGACAGGGGCAGGUUCUGUCAGGGGAGGACAUUAGGAGACAGGGGACAGGUUCUGUCAGGGGUGACACCCAGGAGACAGGGGCAGGUUCUGUCAGGGGAGGACAUUAGGAGACAGGGGACAGGUUCUGUCAGGGGUGACACCCAGGAGACAGGGGCAGGUUCUGUCAGGGGUGACACCCAGGAGACAGGGGCAGGUUCUGUCAGGGGAGGACAUUAGGAGACAGGGGCAGGUUCUGUCAGGGAUGACACCCAGGAGACAGGGACAGGUUCUGUCAGGGGAGGACAUUAGGAGACAGGGGACAGGUUCUGUCAGGGGUGACACCCAGGAGACAGGGGCAGGUUCUGUCAGGGGAGGACAUUAGGAGACAGGGGACAGGUUCUGUCAGGGGUGACACCCAGGAGACAGGGGCAGGUUCUGUCAGGGGAGGACAUUAGGAGACAGGGGACAGGUUCUGUCAGGGGUGACACCCAGGAGACAGGGGCAGGUUCUGUCAGGGGAGGACAUUAGGAGACAGGGACAGGUUCUGUCAGGGGUGACACCCAGGAGACAGGGGCAGGUUCUGUCAGGGGAGGACAUUAGGAGACAGGGGCAGGUUCUGUCAGGGGAGGACAUUAGGAGACAGGGGCAGGUUCUGUCAGGGGUGACACCCAGGAGACAGGGGCAGGUUCUGUCAGGGGAGGACAUUAGGAGACAGGGGCAGGUUCUGUCAGGGGUGACACCCAGGGGAGGACAGUGCUAACAGUGUCUGAGCCUCAGGAGAGAGAAGGGUAGAAGAGAUUCUGACAACACUGAUCAUAUCAGAAUACUUAUUUAUUUCUAUUUAAUGCUAUAGGAUAAACAACUAGUUAGUGGUCACAAAUUAGCUUUACCAAAAUCAAAGUUCAAAUUAUAUGUUUAAAAUAUCAUAGCAAAAGAUUUAUAUUUAUACUGGAGUAUUUUUACACCUUUAAUAUCCUCAGUCUUAAGUUUGGGGGCAGGUGAAAUUACAGCGAGGCCAGUAAGUUGGGGAGGCCCGUGCAGGAGUCCGCCUGUCUGGCGUCCUGUCCGUGCCAUUCCCCUCCUCGUCCCAGCGGGACAGUCAGGGCAGGCCACAGGCUCACACCCCGCCCCCACGCCCGUGGGCUGCAGCCUCCGUGUUGUGAAUAGUGCGCUGGCACACAGCGACUCCUGUGUGUCCACGUGUCUGUGGCUGCUGGGACGAUACAACUGGAGUGGAGGGGUCGGGACAGAUGCCUGGGCCCUCCACCCCUGAGGGGAAAGUGCCUGCCCAUCCAGUUCAUCUGUUCCCGCAGGUGACUGUGCUGGCUACUCCAUCCUGCAGCACACACCACAGGGACACCCUGCUGUCACCUGUUCCAUGCAGCACAGGCUGACAGCUAGCUGUACUGUGAAGUUAAUGAUAGGCUAGAGUGCCCUUCAAACACUGAACCUGAAUAACUUUCCUCCACUUACUACUGAACACUUUGGGAACUCCGGUGGUUCAGGGGUGUGGCCUUUCACCGGGGUAUGUGAUGGGGGGAUGCUUUAGUUAACUUUCUUUCUUUAGACCUCUUAAUGAACUAAACCAAGCCAAACAACAAAGGAAACCUACACAACUUAAAGGAAACUUGAAAGGGAUAAUGUAUACUACUAGUUUGUACUAAGUAUUUUUCAAGAAAGGGAAACAAAUUUAUAUAUAUAUAUGCAAUAUAUUUUUUCACUGUUUUAUUAAUGUUAGGGAGUACUGAGCGUAUCACUUUAUCAGUGUGAUGGGUCAUGUCCAUGUCAUGGGUGUUCUGACACAGAAAGGCACUUCUGUUGACUAACCACACUCACCAGGAAUGUCUGCGGAGUUGGGGCAGCCCUGCUGUCCCCCCUACAGAGCUCAAAGUGUGGUGUCACCUGUUGGACUUGCUGUCAAGGCCUGGCUUGCAAACCUUUAGGGAAAUAGCUAAUGUCUGUCUGCAUACUGCUCCUUGUGUGUUUGCUGUUGUUAACAUUGUGUGUCAAAUUGGUAAAGUGAUUGAAUAAAGGUGAUAAAACAUG